CGGAGGCUCUCACCGACCCGCACUCAGCACCGACAGCCGCCAGGCACCCCCCUUCCUCCGGGAUGAGCCUCUCUCGGAGCCCCGCUCACCGGAGCACCGCGCGCGCGCUGCAGCUGCUGCUGCUGUCCGCGUGCUUCCAGGUUUCUGCAGCUUCAGGACAUUUUGAGCUUCGGAUUUUGUCGUUGCAGAACAAAAACGGGCUGCUGCAAAGUGGAGCCUGCUGCGAAGGAUCCCCCGAUGUGCUGAGCGGCCGCUGCACCGGCGGCCAGUGCCAAACCUACUUUCGGGUCUGUUUGAAGGAGUACCAGCUGAAGGUUUCCCCGACGGGGCCGUGCAGCUUUGGGACGGCGUCCACGCCUGUGCUAGGAGGGAAUACCUUUUCUUUUGUAAAUCUCAAGAACAGUAGAUCCAGGAUUUUGUUGCCGUUCAGCUUUGCGUGGCCGAGAUCAUACACUUUGAUCUUGGAGGCUCUGGACUUUAAUGACAGCUCCUCGUCUGGCAGUGUUGGCGGGACGCUGAUUGAGAAGGCCACCCACUCCGGCAUGAUCACCCCCAGUCCCCAAUGGCAGAAGCUGGAGCACAACGGCGCCGUGGCUCAGUUCCACUUCCAGGUGCGCGUGCGGUGCGACGAGCAUUACUUUGGCUUCGGCUGCAACAAGUUCUGCCGGCCGCGAGACGAUUUCUUUGGCCACUACACGUGUGACCAGAACGGUAUCAAGACGUGCCUGGAGGGCUGGUCGGGGCCGGACUGCAAUGCUGCCAUCUGCAAGCAGGGCUGCAUACACGGUUCCUGCGACGUCCCCGGAGAAUGCAAGUGUCUGUAUGGCUGGCAGGGGGAACACUGUGACCGUUGUAUCCUCCAUCCUGGUUGCGUCCAUGGCAGCUGUAUGGCGCCCUGGCAGUGCAUCUGUGACACCAACUAUGGAGGACAGCUGUGUGAGAAAGACCUAAACACAUGUGGAACGCAGCAGCCAUGUUUGAACGGAGGAACCUGCAGCAACACGGGGCCAGACAAAUACCACUGCUCCUGCCCCGAGGGCUUUUCUGGGGUCAACUGUCAGAUAGCGGAGCACGCCUGUCUGUCCGGACCCUGUUUGAACGGAGGAAGCUGCUCAGAAAACAGUCAGAGCUUCCAAUGCCUCUGUGCCCCCGGAUGGACCGGACCGCUCUGCUCCACCGAUGUGGACGAGUGCCUGGAGAACCCCUGCGGUCAUGGAGGAACCUGCCAGGACCUGGUCGGUGGUUUUAGGUGCAUCUGCCCCCCUCAGUGGACCGGGAAAACCUGCCUCAUCGAUGCCAAUGAGUGUGACGACAACCCCUGCAUUCAUGCCAAAUCAUGCCGGAAUCUGAUUGGGGGAUAUUUCUGCCAGUGUCUUCCCGGUUGGAGAGGCCAGACCUGCAACAUCAAUAUCGAUGACUGCCAUGGCCAGUGCCAGAAUGGAGCGACGUGCAAGGAUUUGGUGAACGGUUACAAAUGUGAGUGCGCUCCUGGUUUCGGAGGGGAGCACUGUGAGAGGGAUUUGGACGACUGCGCCAGCGGGCCGUGCCUCAACGGCGGCAGCUGCCACGACCGAGUGAAUGGAUUUCACUGCCUCUGUCCGUCUGGUUUCUCUGGACGACAAUGUCAGAUGGAUAUCGAUUACUGCCUCGACAGUCCGUGUCUGAACGGGGGUCGGUGUUUCAACUCUGUGGACGAUUACAUCUGUGAAUGUCCUGAAGACUACGAGGGCAAGAACUGCUCACUCCUGAAGGACCACUGCCUCACAGCGCCCUGCAAAGUGAUUGACAGCUGCACGGUGGCGGUGGCGUCCAACAGCACGCCAUCUGGAGUCCGGUUGAUCUCCACCAGCGUGUGCAGCCCUCACGGCCAGUGUCAAAGUCACGCCAACGGACAGUUCAGCUGCAAAUGUGAAGAAGGGUUUUCUGGGACCUACUGUCAUGAGAACAUAAAUGACUGUGAGAUGGCCCCCUGUCUGAACGGAGGAACAUGCAUCGACGAAGUCAGUCGCUAUCGCUGUCUCUGUCCCAGAGGCUGGGAGGGGCCCACGUGUGAGAGCAACAUCGAUGACUGCAGCUCCGCCCCCUGUCAGAACCGCGGCGUCUGUCAAGACCUCACCACCGACUUCUACUGCAAAUGCAGCAACGGCUGGAAGGGAAAGACCUGCAGCUCAAGAGAGAGUCAGUGUGACGAGAUGACCUGCAACAAUGGAGGAACCUGCUAUGAUGAGGGGGAUGCCUUCAAGUGUUUAUGCACAGCGGAGUGGGAGGGGUCCACCUGCAACAUUGCAAAGAACAGCAGCUGUCUGCCAAACCCCUGUGAGAACGGAGGGACCUGUGUGGUUGAUGGAGAUUCUUUCAGCUGCAUCUGCAGGGAGGGGUUUGAGGGAACCACCUGUACCCAGAAUGCAAACGAUUGUCGACCUCAUCCCUGUUACAAUAGCGGUACCUGUAUUGAUGGGGACAACUGGUACCGGUGUGAAUGCGCCGCUGGGUUCGCCGGUCCAGACUGCAGAAUCAACAUCAAUGAGUGCCAGUCCUCCCCCUGCGCCUUCGGUUCAACCUGCAUGGAUGAAAUCAACGGUUACCGCUGCGUCUGUCCUCCUGGAAGGACCGACCCCCUCUGCCAGGAAGCGACAGACCGGCCCUGCGUGCACGGCGGCGUGGUGGCUCCGCACGGAAGCAGAUGGAGCGACGACUGCAACAGCUGCCGCUGUGUCAACGGGAGAGUCGGCUGCACGAAGCUCUGGUGUGGACCCAAACCCUGCAGCCUGCACAGUGCAGACUGUCCGCCUGGUCAGUCUUGUCUCGCUGUACAGGAUGAACACUGCUUCGUGAAGCCCUGCGUCGACCAAGGGCAGUGCUGGGGCCACGCCCACCGAGCCACACCCCCAUCCGGGUGUCACCCAGACGCCGGCUGCUCCAACGUGACUUUCACCUUCAACAAGGACAUCAUGUCAAAGGGCGUGACGGUGGAGCAGAUCUGUCAUGAGCUCAGAAGCCUCUUCGCCAUCAAGAACCUGUCCUCGGAUUCUUCCGUCUCGGUGGCGUGUGAGCCGUCGCCAGGAGCCAACAACGAGAUCCACGUCACCGUCAUAAUAGACGACCAGCAGAGAGGUCUGACCUUCAUUAAGGACGUCACAGACCGGAUCAUGGAUGUGGUCGGCAAACGGAGCACCAACAGCACCAUCAUCCAGGCCAUCACAGAGGUCCGCGUGCAGAGACGGCCGAGCCAGGACUCCAGCGGUUACCUCUUGCCUCUGCUGGUUUCCAUGGUGAUUCUCGUCUGGAGUUUGGCGGUGGGCUCGGCGUUGCUGUGGUGCCUAAAGCGCAGGAAGCCCAGCAGCCACGCGGGGGUCAGCGCCCCGCCCUCCUCCCCGUCAGGGCCGGCAGCAGAAGACAACAACGCCCUCCACAACAGCGUGAGCGCGGCCCGCGAGCACCUCAACCACAUCAAGAACCCCAUUGAAAAGAAGCCCCCGAACCACCACCACCUCCUCCACCACCACCUGUGUGAGGACAAGAACUCGCUCAACUUCAAAACCUGUAAACCCGAGUCUUCCGGGAGCCAGUCGGACGAAGACGAGGCGGAGAAGAAGCUGCAGAAGAGCAGGUUCCCCCUGGCGCCGCCAGCGUAUCCUUCCCACCACACCAGGAGCAAACCCCCCCCCUGGACUAACAAGCAGGACAACCGGCAGCUGCAGAGCAACCAGCGGGGGGGGUACGUCGUAUAACCAACGGGUUCUGUUACCCCGGAGGAAGCAAAGACUCUCUAAAGCCUUAAGGACUUUUUUGCUACUUUUUCAGUUUUUUACUCUCCUUUGGUACAGAAUCCAAGAUGGAUCCUUGCUGGUUAAUUUAUGCUGUCAGUUGUCGCUCUGUGUGGGAUCCUCCACAGUUUGUGGAUCAUUUGGGUUUGGUCAGUUUAUGAUCAGUAAGUCGGUGUUUGACUGAGAUGUGCAGGAUGAAGAGGAAUGUCUAAAAGUGUAAAUAGUUUUGUGCUGUAUAUUUGUUUUGUUAAUUUAACUGUCAGGAAAGAUAUUUGUUAUAUUUAUGAGGUUAGUUGGACUCCCUGGAAAGAGUCUAUUUUGAUAUCAUUUUCUUUCAUUUUGAUCUGCACCACAAGUGUUCUUGAAAGAGGAGUUCAGUUCUAGAAAGCGUUUCCUGUGCCUCGUCGUAACAUUUCACCGACUGUUGGUUCUGAGGAACUCUCCUGUAAAGUAAAGUGGUCAUUUCAAACAAACGUCUUUUUUAACGUCCGUCUCAAACCGUUGAGGAAAGUGAGAUUCAGUUUAGUUGGAUUUUUUUCUGAUUGAUUCACAACAUAAAGCUGAGAAAAAUCUGAGUUUGAGCUUCGUUCCAAAGGUUUUAAAGUGUUAAAUACCAGCAAAGUCAGCUCUGAGAGUUAAAGUAAGAUUUUUUAAAUAGUAAAAUGAGACUCUGUACCACAUUUGGGAUGAUUUUAAUUAUCCUAAUGUCCUUUUCUCACUCGUUUGUCGGUCAGCUGGCCAUCAUUUCACGAUAAAUACUGUCCAUUUGAGAAUGUUUUAAAGAUGGCUGUCCUCUGUGAUGACAGGAAGUGAUUCCCUCCUGGGUUUAGUGAGUAAAUUCUUUGGGAUUGUUGCACUUGUCCUCAUGGACAGAUUUUAUUCUGAGUCUUUUCUCCUGCAGCAUCACUUAGAUUCCUUUUAUCCAUCUGUGAACGCCGGGUAUCUCUUCACGGUGAAAUAGGAAAACCAGUCUGCUCCACACAACCAAACCAUGAAUUUCUCUGUUUAAUCUCUGUCGUGGAUUUACGAAUUUCUCAAGGGAUGCUACGUUUCUUUUGUGUAUUUUUGUACAGUGUAACCAUUUGAAAAGCCUUUUUCCAUGUGCAAAAGUACUUGAAGAAAGUUCUGUAUGAACACUGUAGAAGUGAAUGUUGACUGGAGGACUGAAAAGCCGCGGAAUCGUCUUUAAUCGCCUUUAAAUUGAUGAUGUUGAAACUUCAACAUAAAAAGUGUUCCUGCCUUUUCCAAUCUGAAUUUUUGGACCUUGAGUAAUAAAAGUCUGACUUGGUUACCGGU